AUGGACGCCACGCCGUCGUGGUUCGCUCUCGCCGACGCGUCGUCCGCUAACGUUGUCUCCCACGACUUUGAGGGCCUCUUCUCAACUUCCGCUGACGCCAGCUCGCCCUGGCUCCUCUUAGACGGCCUGCCCGCGGCGGCCGACCAGACCGUGACGGUCUCCGGUGGCGCCUGCAGGAGCGUCGCUCUUCCCCGCCGCUCUGGUGGCUCAAAUCCGUUUGUGCACGGCCGCCUCUUGGAGAUGGAGCACGCCGCCGCUGUCAUCACUCUCUUCUACGGCGUCAUGCAAUGCAUGGUCGCCGGCUUCGGCGCCGCGGUGACGGGCUCGACCGCACCUCCUUCCGUCUCCGCAUGCACUUCCUUGCCGCGCACGGGGGUGUCUCAGGUUGCGACCAUUGCCAGGGCAGGCUACAAUCCGGCGCCGCGCUGGCCGAGGAGCUGA